UUAUUUUAUAAUUUGUCUUCUUAUGACCUUAUCUCUACGACUCUAUAUCAUAUCGGAGUUUGGUGUAAAGACGCUAAACAAUGGUGAUGAUGGCGGGUGUAGGGAUGCUUCUAGAGGAGAUCGUUCAAUCGGUGGAGCUGUGGUUGAAACUCAUAGGGAAACCAGAGCCUUACGUCGAUCCUAAUCUGGAUCCUGUGCUCUUGGUGCCUGGAAUUGCCGGUUCAAUUCUACACGCUGUCAAUACUGAUGACGAUAAACAAGAACGGGUUUGGGUUCGGAUACUUGGCGCUGACUAUAAGUUUCGAACCAGGCUCUGGUCUCGAUUUGACCCUUCUACCGGGAAGUCUGUGUCAUUAGAUCCUAACACAAAUAUCAAGGUCCCUGAAGACAGAAACGGGUUAUACGCAAUUGAUAUAUUGGACCCUGAAAUGGUUGUUGGGCGCGAGGGCGUAUACUAUUUCCACGACAUGAUUGUUGAGAUGACCAAGUGGGGUUACCAAGAAGGAAAGACGUUGUUUGGGUUUGGAUAUGAUUUUCGCCAAAGUAACAGAUUUCCUGAGACAAUGGAGCGCUUGGCAAAGAGAUUGGAGGAAGUGUUCACUGCUUCAGGAGGGAAAAAAAUAAAUAUAAUAAGUCAUUCUAUGGGGGGACUCCUAGUCAAAUGUUUUAUGUGCUUACACAGUGAUGUGUUUGAGAAAUAUGUGAAAAAUUGGAUAGCAAUUGCUGCCCCAUUCCAAGGUGCACCUGGAUAUAUAACGUCUACAUUUUUGAAUGGAGUAUCGUUUGUUGAAGGCUGGCAGCAAAACUUCUUCAUUUCAAAAUGGAGCAUGCACCAAUUGUUGAUCGAGUGCCCAUCCAUAUAUGAGUUGAUGCCUCAUCUGGAUUGUGACUGGCAAAAACCCCCAUGUCUCGAGAUUUGGAGGCAGAGAAAUGAUAGUAACGGGGACUCCAAUAUUAUUCUGGAGACCCAUUGCUCAGAAGAAAGCAUAUCUAUUUAUGAGGAAGCUCUUGCAAGCAACACGGUUAAUUAUGGUGGCGUGGAUAUUCCUUUACCAUUCAAUCUAGAGAUCCUAAAAUGGGCUAAUGAAACAAGGAAGCUAAUGUCUUCUGCCAAGCUUCCAGACGGAGUCAGAUUCUACAAUAUAUAUGGGACAAGUCUCGAGACUCCUCAUAGUGUGUGUUAUGGAAGUAAAGAGGCACCUGUUACAGACUUACAGCAAUUGCGUUAUUGUGAAGCCAACUACAUUUGUGUUGAUGGCGAUGGAACAGUUCCUGUGGAAUCAUCAAUGGCUGAUGGGCUUAACGCAGAAGCUAGGGUUGGAGUCCCGGGUGAGCACAGAGGCAUACUUAAUGACCGUCACGUGUUUAGAAUUCUCAAGCACUGGUUGAAAGCAGAAUUCGAUCCCUUCUACAAUCCUAUAAAUGAUUAUGUGAUUCUGCCUACUGCGUUUGAGAUUGAGAAACACAAAGAAAAGGGUUUACAAGUAACGUCAAUAAAGGAAGAAUGGGAAAUAGUCGCAGAUGAAGAUAAUCUAGAAAAUGCGAUUGGCGGAAAGCCUUUGUCGGUAAGCUCCUCGAUUUGUGUCUCGAAUGAUAGAGAAGAGGCACAUGCCACUGUUAUUGUCCAUCCCUUGAAUGAAGAAGGCAAACAUCAUGUCGAACUGAAUGCUUUGAGCAUUGCUGCUGCUACAACUUGAAGAAGAAUAUGUACAUAGAAAUAAAGGGAGAUGUUAAUUAUUCCCAAUGUGACUUUCCAUUUGUGACUUAAAAGAAGAAUAUAUGUGUAUUUUGCCCCAAGGGGUGUGUAAAUUACAAAUGGGUUGUGGAUAUUAUUUUAAUGUAAAUAUUUAUGGAAGGAAGAUGUUUGUCU